AUGUGUGACAGAGCCGCUCUCGCACAGCUGCUCUCGCCCGGCUCUGCCCCUGCCGCCAUGUCGGAUGUGUGCGCGUCCAAAAGUCGGAAACACGGGGACCAACACCAUACCGUGCAGCCAACCCCUCCCCUGGAGCCACCAUAUGGCUGCCAACGUAACCCCAGCACCGCCAACUGCACCAACACACUCAGCUCCGGAAUUGGAGACAACACACAUGGAACUGAGGCGGACAAGGCGGACAUGGAAAUGGAGACCGAGAUGAGACUACCCCACUACCACCCCAGGGGCCGUACUUCUAGGUUCACGUGUGCUGCAGGUCUGGGUUCUCUUGAGGUAUGCGGCCGGGGGAUCCUCGAGCUGCAAACAUGCGAACCCCAAUGGGAUUUCAUCCGCACCCACGGCCACGGCCGUGGAAGGAGCGCCGGCGACAGCAGCACUGCCGGGGGCACCAGAAGCAGUAGUACUGGACCUAACCCCACCCUCAGCGGCACCGGACCUCCAUAA